AUGGGUUGGCUAUGGUCUUCAACACCUCCCAGUGAGGACAAGUCAGCUGCGCCAGUCAAAGAGACACAUGCUGUCACAUCAACAACCACAACCACAACCACAACUUCAAAUCCUUCAACUUCAGCCCCAUCCAACUCAAAUACCGAUCCCGAAAUCCAAAAGUUCAUCGACCUAUUUGAAGCCGAAAAGAACGUCAAACCUUCUUCAACGGAAGACCAACAACAACAAUCCUCCACCCCCUCUACAAUAUCAUCAUGGCUUUCCCUCAAGAAAUCCACCCGCUCAACCGCCCCUACACCCGCCGACAUUCCUCCACGCGACGCCCUCUCUGAAGCCCUGCUCCCUACAGACAUGUCCUGUCGUCAGGCCUUCGACCAAGCAUGGGCAUGCAACUCCAUGGGUGGACAAUUCAAUGCCGUGUAUCGCUACGGUGAGAUGAGGUCAUGCAGUGAGCAUUGGGAUGACUUCUGGUUCUGCAUGCGUACCAAGAGUUACUCUCCUGAGAUGCGGGAGAAGGCUAUUAGGGAUUAUUAUCGCGCGAAGGAGUUUACAAAGUAUGGCCCUGGGAAGCCGAGUAGUGAGGAUGUUUGGGAGAGUAGAGAGGACAAGGUACCAGAAGGGACAGUAUUUAAUGAGCCUGUUGAGCCACGAAAUUGA